GACCUUCGACCUUCCCAUUUCAGUUCGCCAUUUUAUCUAUAAUUUGUCUGCGUUCCUCCUCUGUUCUUCUCAUUGUUCGCGCUCCGUGCAGACAACACGGACGAGCAGAAAAGAGAUGGCCGAUCCCAGCUGUGGCAAUUCUACUGAAGAUCUGUGCCCUGAACAACCUUGGAACAAGACAAGCAGCAGGGAGGACCAGACAACAGACAUGAGCUGGCAGCAGGACAGGGAAGAACAAGCUUCAUGUGAGGAAAUGUCUUAUGUGAAGGUUGAGAAGACUGAUUCCUUGUCCCCACAUGUAGAGAAUCACGAAGAAGUCUCGCUUCAAAACAAGACAGCAGACAUGGGCAGGCAGCAAGACUGGGAAGAACAAACUUCAUGCGAGGAAACGUUUCAUGUGAAGGUUGAGGAUGCGUUGUCCCCACAUACAGAGGAUCACGAAGAAGUCUCGCUUCAGAACAAUGUAACUGACAUCGGCUGGCAGCAGGACAGGGAAGAACAAGCUUCAUGCGAGAAAACAUUUUACUGGGAGGUAAACGGAACUGCAUCAUCAUCACAUCUAGAACAGAUGGAAAGUCACUUGCCUGAACGCAACAGUAAGAAGGUUACGAAAGCCUACAUUUGUGGGGAAUGUGGAUACAGGACACAUGAAAGGUCCGCCCUAUCCAGGCAUAUGAGAAUUCAUACAGGAGAAAAGCCCUACAAGUGUGACUAUUGUGAUUAUACUGCGGCAAAGAAAUACACCUUGGACAUUCACCUGACAAAGCACACUGGCGAGAAACCCUUCACGUGAGGGGAGUGUGGGUACAGGACAAAUCAAAAGUCGAACCUCUCCAUUCACAUGAGAACUCAUACAGGAGAAAAGCCCUUCAAAUGCGAUCAAUGUGACUAUGCUGCUGCACAGAAAUGUCAGCUGGAUGCCCAUCUAACAAAGCACACUGGUGACAAGCCCUACAUGUGUGGAGAGUGUGGCUUCAGAACAACUGCAAAACGGGACCUUUCCAGGCACAUGAGCACUCAUACUGGGUAUAGACCCUACACGUGUGACCAGUGUGACUAUUCCGCAAUACGGAAAUCCAGUCUGGACCGUCAUCUCAAAAAACACACUGACGAGAAUCCCUACAUGUGUUGGGAAUGUGGGCACAGGGCAGCUACGAGAAUGGGCUUAACCACACAUAUGAGGACUCACACAGGAGAAAAGUGCUACAAGUGUGACCAGUGUGACUAUUCUGCUCCAAAGAAGUCCCGUUUGGACCGCCAUCUAGCGAAGCACACCGGUUGGAAACCUUAUAUGUGUGGGGAGUGUGGGUACAGGACAAAUAGAAAGGAUGACAUGUCCAUACAUAUGAGAACUCAUACGGGAGAAAGGCCCUACAAGUGUGACCAGUGUGACUAUUCUGCAGCAAGGAAAUGCCAUUUGAAGACCCAUCUAGCAAAACAUGCUGGUCAACUGUGACUUACUUGUACAAGAUGUAACUCACCGUUGGUCAUUUUCAAUGCCAACUGACAAACAAGACAUGCACAAGAAAUGUGUAUAUAAAACAUCUGAAUUAUCUCAUUUUUCCAAACGUAUGAGAACUCAUACCUCAGAAAAUCACCUGUAGAUCAUCUGAUAGAACAAUUAGUUUAGAGCAGCUCAAAUGCCCCAAUUAUUGUGAUGUAAUGUCUUGAGGUACAGUUAUCCAUCAAAAUAUUGUAUAGCUCUUUAUAGUGUGUGUACAGCCAAUGUGGUUUAUCAUUAUUUUAAAUAAUAUCAGUUGGAGCUUUUUGAAUUUAUUUAUUUGUCUAUCUAUUAUUUAUUUAUUCAUUUAUUUUGCUUUUCCACAACAGUGGACAGUAUGGUAAAAUAGGUGUUCCUAUCAAGGUCAAAUUUUCAAGGCUACCAUACUGACACAAUCCUAAUCACAACAGAAGAAGCAAUUAAUUAAAUCGACGUAGAAAUCAACUUAAGAGAAUGAUUCAAUCGAGUCAGUCCAAAGUAAGAUAGUAGUAUGAAAUUAGCUGAUUGAAAUUCAUUAUCUCAGUUCAGCUUCAAUGGGAUGGUGUGAGAUAAGAAAGGUGAGUUGAUACAUGUAGUGUUUUAGGCAUACUCCUGUAAAAUUGCUUGUAUCUAUAUCUGUAUCUACCCUUCAGUGUACACACCAGCUUCUUUGGCACAUGGCCUGGCAGCAGCUGGUUUUAUUAGACUGAAGGAAUGGCUUGUGAUGCCUAGCUUUUGCACAUCUACCUGCAAGUGCUCUGUAUCUGUAACUGCUUGGAGAUUAUGGUAAUCCUCUAUUGAGUGUGAUGGAGUGAAUAAACCAUGAUCAAAAAAGUGCAUCUCUAUGCUCAGUAUCAUUCACUUGGACCAUAAAUGCUGCAUGUGUAUUAGAUUUACUCUUCCAAUUAUUGAUAUAUAUUUGGAAAAUUAUGUCUUCAGCAUUGUUCUUGUUAAUGCAGUAACUGGCGGGAUGCGUUCCAAAUGAAACAUUGAUUCGACACUUUUAUUCAAAUAAACUGGCAAUCGCA